UCUCCUCCUGAACACACAACCCGGGUCACUCGGGUACUACACAACAAAACACAGGACUUUGAGAUACUCUGAAAACAGCCGACGGACGCCGGAUUACUGAUAAAAAUACUUCUUUUUUUUUGCACAAAGGAGUAGUUUACCUCAAGCAUAAAUAACCUGUCAAACAACAAGAAAACGUUGUCUCGUCUAUUGAGAAGUCCAGGACACAGGCACCAUGACCAGUCAGUAGAAAGGCAUUAUUGCAGUUCUCUGUGGGGUCGGGAUGUUUGCACAGUGACCAGUCGUGUCGGACGAGACUCCAGCUCCACAGUGAGAAACAAAAGACAAUCGUGAUUGAUGCGCCAUGGAGGGCGGGAACGAAGUGGAUCUGUCCAACAAUAACAUCAGUCCGCUGUGGAAGCGGCAAUCAGCCAAUAACACUGGUCCCAGCAAGCUAAAGGCCCGGCCCCUCAGUUACCAGAUAGACAGACUCCACAUGACUGACUUCCCCGUAGAGGACAACAAGUGCAGCUUUACCCUGAGCCAGCCUGCAGAGCGACUGGUGGCCGUGCCGGGAGGAGGGGCGGUCAUUCUGAAGCACGUUCUCAACCAACCCACCAGGAGGACGCGGGUAGUCAGGAGUAUCAGCAUUGGACAUUUGGCCAAAGGACGUUUCUCUCUGUCCAAGUUCAAGUCGGAGGAUAAGUUUUCGUCGUUGGACAAUAAGGCGUACCACGGUGGAAGUGUUGGUCCAAUCGGUAACAAGGAGAAGGUGUGGUCAGACAAGCGGCCACGCGAUGCCCUGAAGCGUCUCUCCAGCCCGUUCAUCCUCACCUCUCACAGAGACCCGAUAGUGUUUGGAAAAAGUUCCUCACUGCUGGACCCUGCCUCCUCCAAUCACCCCUCUCCCCCUGCCUCCUUCAAUCACCCCUCUCCCCCUGCCUCCUUCAAUCACCCCUCUCCCCCUGCCUCCUCCAAUCACCCCUCUCCCCCUGCCUCCUCCAAUCACCCCUCUCCCCCUGCCACCCCCAGUAACAACCACCACCAUAACCUGACUUCCCGUUCUUCCUAUCACCCCUUAACCCCUCACCCCUCUCCCCCUAACCCCAGCCCUUCUCCCCCUAGUCUCCACACCCCUACCCCAUCUCACAGCUCCACCUGCAGUAUCUCCUCCCUCACCUCCACUUCCACCCCUUCUGACCCCCCUACACCCCGCAGCCCCUCCCCAGCUGACAUGUCUGCCCCCUCCCUCUCUCCUCCUCCCUCCAUUGUCCUCAGCACCCACAGUGCAGCUGCCCUGAAGAUGGGCACACAGCAGCUGAUCCCCAAAGGGCUGGCGUCCCUGAGCAAGGCCUCUCCUGCUGGGGUACAGAGCCAGGGCCUGGGGGGUCUGCUGGGCCUGGAUCCUACCAAGCGGGCCCUACGAGCUGUCAGCAUGGUGGAGACUGGAUCCUUCUUCUCCUCUGGCGGAGGGGGAGGGGGGGCAGACCAGGAUGAGAGCCCUGGGAGUCUGAAGAGGGGGUUGAGGUCUACCUCGUACAGGAGAGCAGUGGUGAGUGGAGUGGAAAUGGAAGUACUGUCUGUAGAGCCAAAGACCCAUCUCCUGUCCCAGUCUGUAGACCCAAAGACCCAUCUCCUGUCCCAGUCUGUAGACCCAAAGACCCAUCUCCUGUCCCAGUCUGUAGACCCAAAGACCCCUCUCCUGUCCCAGUCUGUAGACCCAAACACCCAUCUCCUGUCCCAGUCUGUAGACCCAAACACCCAUCUCCUGUCCCAGUCUGUAGACCCAAAGACCCAUCUCCUGUCCCAGUCUGUAGACCCAAACACCCAUCUCCGGUCCCAGUCUGUACUCAAAGGACUACAGGAGGUCAAGGAGGCACCGACCAGCCCUGGGAAGAAGAACAAGAGGCCGGAUAAGAAGCCAGGACUGAUCACACAGAGGACUUUUGACAGGGAAGAGGAGGAACUGUAUCAGAACUACCAGGAGAAAGCUCUUCACAAUGACUCUGAUGAGGACCAGUCCAGAGAGCCCAAACCUGACGAGGGCAUUGUGGUGCAGUACAGACCCAUACGCACCUCGUGGAGCCAACUCAGUGUGGUGAAGAAGAGCGGCCUUAAGCUCAGCCAGGAGGAGUGGAAAAGACAAGAGGCCAUAUUUGAGUUGAUAUCGUCAGAACACUCCUACCUCCACAGUCUGGAGGUUCUGAUCCGGAUGUUUCAGAACUCAGCGGAGCUCAGUGACACCAUGACCAAGACCGAGCACCACCACCUCUUCUCCAACAUCACAGAUGUGUGUGAGGCCAGCAAGAAGUUCUUUAAAGAGCUAGAGGACCUGCACCAGCAGAACGUUGUUAUAGAUGACAUCAGUGACAUCGUGUUCAGACACGCCCAGUCCAACUUUGACCCCUACAUCACCUACUGCUCCAAUGAGGUUUACCAGCAGAGGACCCUACAGAGGCUAGUUAGUAAGAGUCCAGUGUUUAAGGAGGUGUUGACUCGUAUUGAGGGUCACCCAGACUGCAGGAACCUCCCAAUGAUCUCCUUCCUGAUCCUGCCGAUGCAGAGAGUCACACGCCUGCCUCUGCUGAUGGAUGUCAUUUGUCAGAAGGCUUCUAAAGGCUCAUCUCAUUAUGAGGCCUGUAAGAAAGCCCUUCAAUCAGUCAGCAAGGUGGUACGUCAGUGCAACGAAGGGGCCCGUACCAUGGAGAGAACAGAGAUGAUGUACACCAUCAACUCUCAACUGGACUUUAAGAUCAAG